AUGAACAGAGUGCCUUUAUGUCUAGUUAAUGAAGCUGUUGCAAAGGCAAGGCUAAAAAAAAAAACGGAACAGACCUUUGAAGGAGAAGGAUUAACUCCAGAAAAAGAACCUGAUAAUAUAUAUGAUAUAUCAACAUUACCCAAUAUGAUUUUAAUGCCUGGAAUGUCUUCACCAGAUACUAUAGAAAAAAUAAAAGAACUAGCAAUUAAAAAAAGAGGAUAUUCGGCAAGUAGCACAAAAAAAUAUCAAUAUGACUCAGAAUCAUUAAUUAAUAAUACAAAUGUUACUCAUAAAGAUAUAUCUCCUGGUUCUGAGAAUAAUAUUGAACAUAAUCAAGUUAGUAAUGAUGAUAAUAUCACAAAUCAAAGUGAGCAUCUUGAAAUAAAUGAGACUGAGACUCAAAGUGAAGUACCCAAUAUUUGUGAAGAUAAAAAUACAUUUGAAACUGACUUUGAUAGGAUCAGUAGUGAAGGUUCAAUUGCUGAUGAAGGCUUUAUAGCGAAUAAUAAUAUAACUAGAUAA